CUCGGCCCGAAAAGAGAGCAGCUUGGGACUCGGCGGUUGACUUCUGUAGUGAUGCUCCAGCUGCCUGAAUGUGGCUUCCUGAGAAAGUGGCUGAGCUGCGCUUGCAGGCUACUUCUCCUGUGUUGAAACUGAGCAUCUUUAAAAUCCUCUCAAGCUCCUAACUGCAGAGACGGUGACAUUGCUUUGAACAAGGAGACAAGUGACUGACUUCCUAGGAAGUGUUCUGGCCCGGUUUUGUUGUCCUCCCUGAAUUUGAAGAACUAUGGAGAACUGGUCCUGGAUGACACUCAUCGUCUUAGUAGGACUCACAGUGCGGUGGACGGUUUCUCUUAACCCUUACUCAGGUGCUGGAAGACCCCCAAUGUUUGGUGAUUAUGAAGCUCAGAGACACUGGCAAGAAAUUACCUUUAAUUUGCCAGUAAAAGAGUGGUAUUUUAACAGUAGUGAUAACAAUUUACAGUACUGGGGACUGGAUUACCCACCGCUUACGGCCUAUCACAGUCUCUUAUGUGCAUAUGUGGCAGGGUUUAUAAAUCCUGACUGGGUUGCUCUGCACACAUCACGUGGCUAUGAGAGUCAGGCACACAAACUCUUCAUGCGUGCCACAGUUUUAGUUGCUGAUCUGCUCAUUUACAUCCCAGCGGUGCUUUUGUACUGUAACUCCUUGAAAGAGAUCUCAUCGAAGAGAAAGAUCGCCAGUGCACUAUGCGUAUUGCUGUAUCCAGGUCUUAUUCUUAUCGACUAUGGACAUUUUCAAUAUAAUUCUGUGAGUCUUGGCUUUGCUUUGUGGGGUGUUCUUGGAGUAUCUUGUGACUGGGACCUGCUAGGGUCAUUGGCGUUUUGCUUAGCUCUAAAUUAUAAACAGAUGGAGCUCUACCAUUCCCUGCCUUUUUUUUGCUUUUUACUUGGCAAGUGUUAUAAAAAGGGCCUCAGAGGAAAGGGGUUUGAGUUGUUGAUUAAGAUAGCCUGUACUGUUGUGGCUUCCUUCCUUCUGUGUUGGUUGCCCUUCCUUACAGAAAGGGAACAUGCCCUGCAGGUUCUAAGAAGACUCUUCCCUAUUGAUCGUGGAUUGUUUGAGGAUAAAGUAGCCAAUAUUUGGUGCAGCAUUAACGUUUUUCUGAAGAUUAAGAACAUUUUGCCUCGUCACAUCCAACUUGCAAUCAGCUUUUGCCUUACAUUUUUGAGCUUGCUUCCUGCAUGUAUAAAGUUGACCCUUCAGCCCUCUUCCAAGGGAUUCAGAUUUACUCUGGUUAGCUGUGCACUAUCAUUCUUUCUGUUUUCUUUCCAAGUGCAUGAAAAGUCCAUUCUUUUGGUGUCAUUGCCAGUUUGCUUAGUUUUAAAUGAAAUUCCUUUCAUGUCAACUUGGUUUUUACUGGUGUCAACAUUUAGCAUGCUACCUCUUCUGUUAAAGGAUGACCUCCUGAUGCCCUCAGUUGUGACAACGAUGGCGUUUUUAGUAGCUUGUGCCACUUUCUUUCCCAUGUGUGAAAGCACUUCUGAAGAACAACUGCAGUUGAAGUCCUUCGCUGUCUGCGUCAGGAGGCGUUUUCCGGGCUUUACAUUUCUCCCCAGAAUUAUACAGUGUUUGUUCUUCUCUUCAGUCACCACCAUGGCCCUUCUGACGGUUUUGAGUGUCACGCUGCACCCUCCCCAGAAAUUACCAGACUUGUUCUCUGUGCUGGUGUGUUUUGUGUCCUGCGUAAACUUCAUGUUCUUCUUGGUAUACUUCAACAUUGUAAUCAUGUGGGAUUCCAAAAAUGGAAGAACUCGGAAGAAAAUCAACUAGAUGUUUUCCAAAACAAAUGCAAUCUUCUGUUAUGUGUAAGUGAACGUGCAUCUUUAGAGUCAUGGUACCGUAGGAAAGAAAUGGCCAGUGCCUAUUGUUAGCUACACAAACUGUUUAUGGGACCAAAGCACUUCUUUUCUAAGUAUUUUCUGGUAAAGCAUAUUGUAGUUUUGGUAAUAUUCACAGAUAGUUAAAUGACAGAAUAAGAAAAAAAUGUCCCAGCUGGUUGCAGUACUCACAUCUGUAAUUCCGGUACUGGAAGGUGGAGGCUGGUGGACCUGGGAUCAAAAUCAUUCUUGGUGACAUAGAAAGUUUGAGGUUAGCCUGGGCUCCAUGAGACCCGUCUUAACAAAAAAGGGAGAGAAAAAAAUGUCCUUAAUGCCAAUAUUUAAUAAUUGAAUUAUUCUAUAAAUUAUAAUUUUUUUAAAAAAGUGUAAGUAUCGUGAGUUUAUUGGUGGAACUAAGCUUCUGUCUUAUUUGAGCUUUAGCAUACAAGUAAUAAGCAUCUCAUUUAAAGUUGUAUCUCAGGGAAUUAACUUUUUUUUAAUUACUGAGAAGGUAUGUUGUGCUGUUUGAAAUUUGAAUAUGCAUUACUACAUAUGCAAAAUUGGAUGCUAAUAGAUUAAAUGGUAUUCUUGUUUCCAAGCAUGUAGAAUCACUUGAUUCCAUUUUUAAAAAGAACUUUAUUGAAUAUAAAAAUAAGAAGUUUAAAGUCUUUUUGAUUACUCAUGGUCAUUAGUUCUAUAUAUUUAUAAUCAUUCUAAAUUAAACUACCCUAUCACGGAUUCCAGCUCCCUUUCUGCUACCUCAUUUAAGAUCUCUGUGGACACAAGUGUUUAUUCAGGUGAGGCCUCUUGUUGUCUUGUCUUGUAGAUAUGGCUAUCUCUUUUCCUGUGCUUUUUCUGGUAAAAAUCAUGUAUUAUGUUUUACUUUCUCAUGGAAAGCUGUUUCUUUAGUUUUGAUAAAAAUUAAAGUCACUUUACCACUA